UCCUUCACUUCCCAGCUCUGUCUGUCUCUCUCUCUCUCAUUACAAGUCUCAAUCAACCUCGUGAUUCGGCUCAGAGAAGAGAAGAAGAGAAUUCACGAUUCAAUUGCUUCAUCUUUCUACUCUUUUUUCCUCUGUAAUGACUCAGUCAAUGUCGCACAAGCCUCUCGAUUCACGCCACUCCAUAGACUCGUGCCUGCUCCAGCUACGCGGCUGGAAACCCUUCAAGCUUCAAGAAGGGUCCCACCCCAACCCAAAACCUUACUACUACAAGCGACCUUGCCUCUCCGAUCGAGCCACGACGUCGUUUUCCCUUGACAUGUCAAAACUCACACUCGCCGACGACGACGCCACCACCACCAACCACCCUAACCGUACUGCUAAUUACCGCCUCGUCGCUCGCAAGAGGCGCCGACGCGGCUCCAGAUCCGUCUCCGGGCGCAGCAGCGAUCGGAGUGGCACGCGCCGCUGCUGCUCCGUCGGAGCUUCCGCCGCCUACGGCACCUGCUCCGAUUUCCCGGUGGCCAUGGGCACCGACUCUAGUGGGGAGCUGUUUGGCAACGGCGAUGCCAAUUGGUCUUCGGAUGUGAGCGAAGCGAAAAAUUCGAGGAGGGAGAGAGAGAGGGAUGGGGGGAGUGGAGAGAAGGAGAAUGUGGGUAUUGGGUUUGGUGUGAGUGGGUGUUCUGAUGCUAAUGGGAAUGAAUCGGGUUAUGGUAGUGAACCCGGUUAUCGUGGGGAUGCUGAGUUUGGAUAUGGGGAUGAGUUUGAUGAGGAAGAGGAUGAUCCAAGAUUGUUAUUUUGGGGCCACCAACUUGGAGACACGGAGAUCCAUUGAGCUCUGGAUAGAUUUUGGGUACAACAAGUGGCACCAGAUGGGUCAGACUCUAGUCAACAGGGACAUCAUCCCCAACCAUGCCCUGAGAAAUAUGACAGCCAUGUGGUGCUACUGCCAUGAAGUGAAACUUGUUUAAAAAUGCUGCUGUUACCAGCAAAGUUGAUUCCCACUUUCGAGAUGCUCAGCAAGAUGUUUGGAGAGCAUGCCAAGAAAACUCUUUGCAGAAUCUAGGUUUAAGGGUUGGGGUUUGAGGUCUCAGUGAGCACAAGUUAAUGGGUUGAACAACACAAUUGAAGUUGAGAACAAACUAUUGUGGGGUGGAAAGUGCACAUUGUUCAGAUAAUUCUUUUUCUGGAUGUGCUAAUAUGAAGUUACAUGUAUAUUUGUGACAAAAACACAGUUAUUUGACUUCUGAAAAUAGAAGGUUGUUUGGAAAGUGACAUUACUGUUUUGACAAUAACUUUUUAGAUACGGAAAAUAAACAUUUUGAAGAUGUUGAUUAAUCAAUAGUAAUAGCAAAAGCACUUUAAUGAGAAAUUGUGUUGUUUCUAUUUCUAUUGUUGCCUGGUGAGAAUUUGCUCUACUGUUUGCUAACUACCUUUUCUUAAAGAUUUUGAAUCUCACUGUUGUAUAGCAUUCCAUGACAGUUUAAGUAGAAAUUUCAUUUUAUAUGCCUUGUUGUCAUUAGGAUUAGA